UUGAACGAUCUUCGGAUCUUGUUUAGAGCGGGCUCCACUUUCCAAAAUCCUUGCUAAACCAAAAUAAUUUAAAUCGGUAGGUACAGCUAAUUCUAGGUUCAUGCAGUAAAUCAAGACAUUGUGAUUGGCUUGAUCAAAUGCGCCAGAUUCAUCUCUCUUUAAACAUCAUUCAUUUUCACCCCUUCACAGUCACCAAAUGUGGAAGAGGAAAGGAGGUUUUGUCAAUGCUUCGAGAGGAUAAGAACAGGUUUGACGUUCUUGGAAAUGAUCUGCACAUGCCUGAAAUGGAUGGAAUUCAGCUCCUUAAGAUCAUCCGAUCAGAAAUGGAUUUGCCUGUCGUCAUCAUAUCAUCAGAUGAUGAACAAGAACUUGUUUUGAAGGGUGUUCUUCAGGGUGCUUGUGAUUGUUUGAUCAAGUCUGUUAAGAUGGAAGCUCUUAAAGUCUUGUGGCAGCACGUGGUUCGCAAGAAAAUUAGCAACACUUUAGAACGAUUAGAACAGCCAAGAGGAAAGGAAGAAGAUAAAUUGCAUUUGGAGAAUUCUUGUAUUGUUAGCUGUACAGUCUCUGGAAAUGCAGGACAUCCUAUGACCUUGAAAAGGAAAAUAGAUGAUGAAGAUGAAGGCAAUGGUUUGUCUACGGGGGAAGAAAUGAAUGGCUUGGACUAGUGAACUCCAUGAAAAGUUUGUUAGAGCAUUGAACCAUCUCGGCCCUGGAAGUAAGAAUUUCUUUACUAAUUCCACCUCCAUUGUCUUGGUCUUUAUUUUUUUCCUUUUUAAAAAGGUCUGCACUCAUCACUAUCUACAAUAUCAUGGAAGUUUGUAUGUGUAUGUGUGGUGUGCUUUUUUUUUUUUUUGGCAAAGGAUAAUGACUAAAGCAACAACUACAUAAAAAAACAAAGUACAGGUUGUAUCUUAGAAAACAAGCUGACACUCCACAGCGCCAGCGCGAAUAUCAUUAUGCAGAUUCAAAGUGUUCCUGGAACUUCAAUUUUCUAGCAAUUCCCUUCUUCAGGUGGCUAUAACCCCCAACACCAUUCUUCAUGCCAGUUUCCAGCGCAGCAUCUCACCAAUGGACCUCUGAUCCAUUGUGGCUGUAACUCCACAAUCCAGUAGACAUCUGAUGCUAAACUCUAGCAGCUCCAUGCUUUCAUAUGAUGAUCAUAAGAACCUUCUUAACUCCAGAAUACCAGAAUGAAGUCAUUACUCAUUAACAAGAUCCUCUUCACUUGAUUUUCUUCUCAACUGUACAUCUCUAUUAGAUGCAUCCAGCCAAAAUGUUCUAUCGGCCAUCCAUCGCUUAUUGAAGAUUAUAGGGCCCAAGGAAAUUUUGCUCUUCAUUCUCAAAGCCUUUUAGUUUGUAAUUUUUGUGAGAUCUAGGCUGACACUAUGCCUCAGUUGAACUGUGAUUCUUUAUUUUUCCUCCAACAAUUAGAUCAAAGUGAGAUCUUGCAGGAACCAUUCUUGGAGGUUAGUUUUCUGGGAAUUCACUCAUUUUCCAAGCUUUUUGAAGGUCAUACAGUUCAAUAUUCACCAUUUCUUAAACAAGAGUAGGGUAGGAACUAAUUAAGGUUCUUUUGUCCUCAACAGCGCACCGAACCACUUGAUAGGUUAUAACCCCACUGCUUGGCAAUCUGAUAAUGAUUCUUCAGUGAGGAGAGAUCCUAUUCCUCUUUGACCUGUAAUAUUUCUCGUGCGAUGCUUCCUCCUUUAAGGAAAACCAAGAUUAGAUACCAUCUUAUUCAUAUUCGAAACUUGGUUUAAUGUUUCUAUUUUGGGCAGGCAUUCAUUGAUCUUUUAACUAGCCUGGAUCCCUCUCUCUCAUCAAGCUGGUUAUAUCUGAUUUCUCAUUUUGAUCGACAUUGUACAUAUUUAGACUGAAGGGCUAGUGUGCGAAUUGAUAAUCUUUGAUGCGAGCUGAAUUACCAACCAGAACAAACUCAAUGUUGCCUGUGGGCUUGCAUAAAUGCCGUUUGAUAGCUUAUGAGUUGCGUUUAGACAAAGCUUAUAGUUUCUUCAUUGUUAAUCUGUGCACUUUUAAAUCUUAUAUCGUGUUUGUUUCUGGUGGAAAUUAUUCUUAAGCAAUAAGGAGGUAGAAUGGAUGAACAAGAUGGGAUGAAUUAGGCGCUCAACUCGUUCUUUAACUUCUCUGAACAUGAAAGAUUGAGAAGGAAGAAAUAGACUGUUGGACAUUUUGCCAUUUCCCCCUUGUUUCUUUCCUCUCAAAUCUUCUUCCAACCAAACAAGAGAAGCACUGGUGUAAAUUGCAGUGGAUAAUUAUUCUCUAUUUUCCUCUCUCUCA